ACACUUGCACACGACUUUUACGCUCGGGUCAUUCGACUGUUUCACAAUUCUUUUGUUUCCAACGGCUACAAAAACGUUACUUUAUUAAAAAGAACUACAGUACUUGUUCCACUACUUACACAUCGACCUGUUCGGCCACCUUGCACAUCCAGCAAACGAGUCAAAGGACAUCCGUCUGAGGUGGAAUGGCAGUCCAAGAAGUUCAACCAAAUCACACCAUCUACAUCAAUAAUCUCAAUGAAAAGAUCAAGAAGGAUGAGCUGAAGAAGUCCCUCUAUGCCAUUUUCUCUCAGUUUGGGCAGAUUUUGGAUAUUUUAGUUUCCCGCUCUUUAAAGAUGAGAGGCCAGGCAUUUGUGAUAUUCAAGGAGAUGAGCAGUGGGUCAAAUGCUCUACGCUCCAUGCAAGGGUUUCCUUUCUAUGACAAACCAAUGCGAAUCCAGUAUGCAAAAUCAGACUCCGAUAUCAUUGCCAAGAUGAAGGGAACAUAUGUUGAACGUGACCGUAAGAAGGAGAAAAGAAAGGUCAAAGGACAGGAAGGAGUAACUACCAAGAAGGCCAUGACUGGGGUUCCUGGAGCCAUGGCCCCUACUGUUGCUGGAGCAGUUCCUGGGAUGCCUCCGAUGGCACAGGGUCCUCGCAUGAUGCCAAUGCCUGGACAGCCACCUUAUAUGCCACCUCCAGGAAUGAUGCCACCUCCAGGAAUGGCUCCCGGACAGAUUCCUCCAGGGGGUAUGCCACACGGACAGAUGAUGCCUGGACAGAUGCCUGGUGCAAUGCCUCUUGCACAGGUGCCAGAAAAUCCACCUAAUCACAUUCUGUUUUUGACGAAUUUGCCAGAGGAAACUAAUGAGCUCAUGCUAUCCAUGCUGUUCAACCAAUUUCCAGGCUUUAAGGAAGUUCGCUUGGUACCCGGGCGUCAUGACAUCGCUUUUGUGGAGUUUGAUAAUGAAGUGCAAGCCGGGGCUGCUCGAGAGGCACUGCAGGGAUUCAAGAUAACUCAGAACAAUUCCAUGAAGAUUUCUUUUGCUAAGAAAUAACCUAAAGAAAGCUGAACUUUUUUGUUUUUGUUUAGUUUUACUCCUCACCCCUUCAUUUUUACCUUUUCCUUAACCUACCGAGAUUGUCAAUGGGGGUUGGGCAUUGUUGGUGUGUGUUUUUGUUUUUUUAAACUGUAAAGGUAAGUUUUUUUAUUUUAUUAAAACUAAGCAUUGCACCCAGAGUCUGCCUCUCAGACAUUGUACCUGGAGCUCCUUGCGAAUACAUCUGUACAAAUAAAUUGAUUUUAUAGAA